GCUACAGCACCUCACAGUCCGGCUGCCCGCAGCUUGUGCCCGGCUACCAGGGGGGCCGCAGGAAUGACCGACAAUAUCCCUCUACAGCCCGUGAGACGGCCGAAAAGACACGACAGUAAACACAGAAAUGGGUGCUGCCCGUGGUCGAGAUGCUGUGGCAUGGGGGACUUCCGUCCCCGCACCGUGUGGCUCGGCCACCCAGAAAAGAGGGAGCAGAGGUACCCCAGGAAUGUCAUUAACAACCAGAAGUACAACUUCUUCACCUUCCUGCCUGCGGUGCUGUUCAAUCAGUUCAAGUACUUCUUCAACUUGUACUUUUUGCUUUUGGCCUGCUCUCAGUUUGUCAAGGAGCUACGCUUAGGUGCCCUCUACACCUACUGGGUCCCUCUGGGUCUUGUUUUGAUCAUCACCAUCAUGAGAGAGGCGGUUGAAGAAAUAAGAUGCUACCUUCGAGACAAAGAAGUGAACUCUCAGAUUUACAGCAAGCUUUCAACAAGAGGCACAGUGAAGGUUAAAAGCAGCGGCAUUCAAGUUGGAGAUCUUAUAAUCGUGGAAAAGAACCAGCGUGUUCCUGCUGACAUGAUCUUUUUAAGGACCUCUGAAAGAAAUGGCUCCUGUUUCCUGCGGACUGACCAGCUGGACGGAGAGACAGACUGGAAACUACGCCUCCCAGUGGCCUGCACACAGAGGCUGCCAACUGCUGCCGACCUUCUCCAAAUCAGAUCCUACGUGUACGCGGAAGAGCCAAACAUCGACAUCCAUAACUUCAUUGGAACUUUUACCAGGGAAGAUGGAGAUCCCCCAGUCAACGAAAGUCUCAGCAUCGAGAACACCCUGUGGGCCAGCACCGUUGUUGCCUCUGGCACCGUGGUGGGGGUUGUGAUUUACACAGGCAAGGAGCUGCGCAGUGUCAUGAACACCUCCAACCCGAGGCACAAGGUGGGUUUGUUUGACUUGGAAGUGAACUGUUUGACUAAGAUCCUGUUUGGGGCCCUGGUGGUGGUGUCACUGGUCAUGGUGGCCCUCCAGCACUUCGCUGGGCGCUGGUACCUCCAGAUCUUUCGCUUCCUGCUGCUCUUCUCUCACAUUGUGCCCAUUAGUUUGCGUGUCAAUCUGGAUAUGGGCAAGAUGGUUUUCAGUUGGAUGAUUAAAAAAGACUCCAAGAUCCCUGGGACGGUGGUGAGGGCUAGCACCAUACCUGAACAGCUUGGACGCAUCUCCUACCUGCUGACUGACAAAACAGGGACUCUCACCCAAAAUGAAAUGGUGUUCCGGCGUCUACAUCUGGGAACUGUGGCUUAUGGGAUGGACUCGAUGGAUGAAGUACAAAGCCACGUGUUCAGUGCCUACACACAGCCCACCCACGACCUUCCAGCCUCCAGGGCUCCAGCAGCCACCAAGGUCCGCAAGACCAUCAGUAGCAGAGUUCACGAGGCUGUGAAGGCCAUCGCCCUGGUACACAACGUGACACCCGUUUACGAGUCCAACGGGGUGACAGACCAGGCCGAGGCCGAGCAGCACUAUGAAGACACAUGCAGAGUCUACCAGGCUUCCAGCCCAGAUGAGGUGUCGCUGGUGCAGUGGACUGAGAGCGUCGGGCUCACACUUGUGGGAAGAGACCAGUCCUCCAUGCAGCUGCGGACCCCUACUGGCCAAAUUUUGAACUUCACCAUCCUGCAGAUUUUCCCCUUCACCUAUGAGAGCAAGAGGAUGGGCAUCAUAGUACGAGAUGAAUCAACGGGAGAAAUCACUUUCUACAUGAAGGGUGCUGAUGUGGUGAUGGCAGGCAUUGUCCAGUAUAACGACUGGCUGGAAGAGGAGUGCGGAAACAUGGCGAGGGAAGGUCUGAGGGUCCUUGUGGUCUCCAAGAAGUCCCUGACAGAGGAGCAGUAUCAAGAUUUUGAGGCACGGUAUGUCCAGGCCAAGCUCAGCGUCCACGACCGCUCUCUGAAGGUGGCCACAGUGAUUGAGAGUCUGGAGAUGGAGAUGGAGCUGCUGUGUCUGACCGGGGUGGAGGACCAGCUCCAGACCGACGUCAGGCCCACCCUGGAGAUCCUCCGCAAUGCCGGCAUCAAGGUUUGGAUGCUGACAGGAGACAAGCUUGAAACAGCCACAUGCACUGCUAAGAACGCCCAUCUGAUCACCCGCAACCAGGACAUCCAUAUCUUCCGACCCGUGACAACACGAGGGGAAGCCCACCUGGAGCUCAACGCUUUCAGGAGAAAACACGACUGCGCCCUCGUGAUAUCAGGGGACUCGCUUGAGGUUUGUCUGAAAUACUACGAAUAUGAGUUCAUGGAGCUUGCGUGCCAGUGUCCCGCUGUGGUUUGCUGCCGAUGCACCCCCACGCAGAAGGCUCAGAUAGUGCGGCUGCUGCAAGAGCGCACGGGCAAACUCACCUGCGCUGUAGGGGAUGGAGGAAACGAUGUCAGCAUGAUCCAGGAAGCCGACUGUGGCGUGGGAGUGGAGGGAAAAGAAGGAAAGCAGGCCUCCUUGGCUGCCGACUUCUCAGUGACUCAGUUCAAACAUUUAGGCCGUCUCCUCAUGGUUCACGGUCGGAACAGCUACAAAAGGUCUGCAGCCCUCAGCCAGUUUGUCAUCCACAGGAGCCUGUGCAUCAGCACCAUGCAGGCGGUCUUCUCCUCUGUUUUCUACUUCGCUUCAGUCCCACUCUACCAAGGAUUUCUGAUUAUUGGCUACUCCACUAUCUACACCAUGUUCCCUGUCUUCUCCCUGGUGUUGGACAAGGAUGUUAAGUCAGAGGUUGCCAUGUUAUACCCAGAGUUGUACAAAGAUCUCUUGAAGGGUCGACCACUGUCUUUCAAGACAUUUCUAAUAUGGGUCCUGAUAAGUAUCUAUCAAGGGAGCAUCAUCAUGUAUGGGGCGUUGCUGCUCUUCGAGUCAGAGUUCGUCCAUAUUGUUGCCAUUUCCUUCACCUCUCUCAUCCUGACUGAGCUGCUGAUGGUGGCCCUGACCAUCCAGACGUGGCACUGGCUCAUGAUCGUCGGCGAGCUCCUGAGCUUGGCCUGUUACGUCGCCUCGCUCGUCUUCCUGCACGAGUUCAUAGAUGUGUACUUCAUCACCACGGUAUCUUUCCUGUGGAAGGUGACCGUCAUCACGCUAGUGAGCUGUCUGCCCCUUUACAUCCUCAAGUACCUGCGGAGACGCUUCUCUCCGCCCAGCUACUCCAAACUGACCUCUUAGAGAGCGAGAGGAUUCUCCGGCCUCAUUUACUGGGGAAGACGGGAAGCUGUUCGUGUUCUCACCCGGCAGAGCCUGCGCUUAGACCAGAGAAUCAAACCUGGAUUUAUCCCCUUUAAUUUGUUCUCCUUGGAAAUGUGAAAGACCGACAGGGAGUUUUGUCAGGGACAGGCGAGAGAUUGUUAAUCGGGGAGAUUGUGUUAAAAAGCAAAGUUACUUGCUACAUGUGUCUGAUGCAAAGACUAACUCAUGAUUUUUUUUUUUUUUUUUUUUUUUGAGCAGACCUGCUGCGAAUUGUGAAUUGGGUCAGUUUAACAAGCUCUGGCUUACUUACUGUCAGCUCUCCUGUGACAGAAUAACAUGACUAUUGCCUGUGUGUAAAAAAAAAAAAAAAAAUGGAGACGCAAAAUGAGUAAAUGCAGGUUUUAUAAUGUCAAAAAUCACCAAGAGAAGCAAGUGGAAAAGUUUUAACGUCUCAGUUUUGUAGAUGUGUCAUUUGGGCUGGAAGCUAAUUUUCUCUAAUUUCUAGUUCCAUCUUAAAUAGAAAAGCCGUUUUUAUUAUUAGACGCUGAAAUUGACGUAGCAUUCUCACUCAGGACUUGAUUCACACUCUCCUUAAACAGUGAUUUCCAAAUGGAGUUUGAGAAUUACAUGGUUAACAAAAAAAAAAAAAAAAGUUUACUGGCUAGACUUUGCAUAAAACACACGUCUGCAUGUUUGUGUAUUUGUUUAUGCGUCACCCCGAUGCUGCAGCCCGACACGGCGGAGGUGGUGUGGUUGUUUAUUUUAGCGUGACCUGUGGUGUCUGAUGCUAAAUCCGUUUCUGUUUCUUUGUGUGGACUCCGAGUUGUUAGUGUUUGUGGAGCGCGGUCAGAACGGCCACAAAGGAGUGUUGGUUAUUUGCAGCCGAACCUUCCGCCGGGGCUCCCGACAGGCUCUGUGUCCGCAGGGGAAUGUGCAGCCUCUCAUGUGGCCGCUCAGGCGGGCCAGCGGCAGCCACGCUUUCAGCUUUGCAUGAUGAGUCACUGUAACAGUGACCUAAAGCCAUAACUGAAAAUACCCGUGUGACCGGCGUCCAGCUGCCCCCUUUCAUGUCGACUAAUCUAGGGCCCCCUCACUUCUCACUGCUACUAACCUCCACUGUUCAGCUGUGAAAGAAAAAAAAAAAAGGGAACAAAUCACAGUAGUCAGUGUGAAUAUUGUUAAUAAGUAUUAUUACUGCACAUUCAGAAAGGAAAAGAAAUCAUCUCAUUAGUUGUGUGAUGAUGGGGAUACUGUAAAUAACUAGCAACUGAGAAAGUUAUGUGACCACAUUCUCACUCAUUUCAAAAUGAUUUUAGUUGUUUAAAAAAAAAAAAAAAAACAUUUCUCA